AUGCUUCCCCAAGCGCUUGUUAUCACCUUGUCUCUUGCCAUUGCGGUCUCUGCCGCGCAAAUUCAAAGCGCAAACCCUUCCUUCACCGCCGCAGGCAUUCAAGGAUGUGUCUCGGUGCAAGACAAUGUCGAUGGUGCACCUGUCACCAUCCACGACUGCAACCGAGGCGACAGUGCAACUUAUGACUGGGAGGUCAACUACCUCACCUCGCAGCCUGCUACCUCGCAGCAGAUCAAGAUCCAUGGUAACAAGUGUCUUGAUGUCAAAGAUGGCGCAAACAAGGACGGAACGGACGUGCAAAUCUGGACUUGCAACGAGAACAACGCCAACCAACAAUGGGUUUGGAACCUCGACUCCACCUUCCGCUGGGGCAACACCAACAAAUGCCUUGACCUCCGUGACGGCAGGAUUACCGACGGCACUCCCCUUCAGAUCUGGACUUGCAACGGUGGCUCUAAUCAGGCUUGGGUCAGUGGUCGCGUUGACCUCAAAUCCGACCAUGUACGCCUCGCAAUCUCCGACAGCAAGGUGCUGAGCCCGCUCUUCUGCGUAACCGCUUCGUCCAACAAUUUCGAUGCCCCUGUUGGCCUCGCGGAUUGCGAGAACUUCCAAGCCACAUACCCCAAAGGCAAUAUCACGUGGAAUGUUCCCUCCGUCCACACCUCUGGCUUCGUCUCCAUCUUCGACGGCAAAUGUUUGACUGUCCCCGGAAGCAACAAGUCCAACGGAGUCAAGCUGACCACUCAAGCUUGUCUCCCUCGUGCCGCUAACCAGCGCUUCACCUCUCGUCCUAACGCACAGAUCGAGUGGGAGGGCACGGGCUUCUGCCUCGACCUGACCGAUGGCAAGAGCACCAAUGGCAACCUCAUCCAAAUCUGGGAAUGCGACAAUUCGGGCAACAACGUGAACCAGAGAUGGGCGCGCGUUAAUGUUCCUUAUUAA